AUGAGCUACACGCGCAUAUCCCAGCCCUUGAUUUUCUCUUUUCUCAUGCUACGCGCCCAUUGCCGCUACAUUUCAGAGUUUGAUGGGGCUCACAUCUUCGUAACCGCCGGCUAUUCCCGUCAAGCGACGCAUGAUAUCGUUGGAACCGUAUCUCAGCCCGGUCAGAGGUCAGAGCCGUUACUGUCUGCGGGGCGUAUCGCCUCUGGCCCCGCUCUUGGCCAUGGGUUGAAGAUGGGGGGGCAAGUGGAGCAAGGCGGCUCACAGAGGCAAGAUUGGCUCCUCCACAGUUACCCCCACGCGUCCUCGGAUUCUCAUGCAAACAGCUUCCAACCCUUGCGUUCUGAAUCCACGGCUUGGCGGGCGGCUCCCGCAAGACAUGGACUGACAAACCAGAAGUUCACUUUUGCUGUCAUCAUGCCUUUCAAAAGCUAG